UUCGUAUGAUUUUCAUCUUGGGUCGAUCCCCUCUUUUCGGGCGGAUUAUGCAUCCUUCGCUGGCGUCUGUCUCCUUAUGUGCUACCGGAUUGCCGUCUCGAGGCAAUCUGUCAAACGAGUUGAAGAGAAUCCAUUCGAACGACCUUGAAAGCAUAAAAAAAAAGCCCAAAAAGCAAGGCCGAGAAAAAAAGAAAAUAUGCAAGCCUAAAAAGGGCCGUAACCUUCUUUAUUCGAGUCCAUGUACUUCAAAAACUGUCUGGCAUUUCUACUCCACCUUUCGCUCCGUACUCCGUACAUCGGGUACCAAUUUCUCCUGGAUAUUUAGCAGCAAGUGCCUAGUAGAUCGGUAACUACGGGAGAAUAGUCAGGGGAGGGAGGCA